UGUCAUCCGUUUUUAUUUUUAUUACCGUUUGUAAAAUUCUUUAAACGACGUGUUCGGUUUGCUUCAUUUCUAAAUAUUGUUCUUUGGAAUUACAUAGUGUAAUCAAAAAUGAGUCCGUGGCCGGAGGUUUUGACCGCGAAGUCGGAAAAUCGACACGAAAUUAAAUUGGCAGGUGCCGCAAUUUCUAAGCGUAUUACAGAGGAAGGUUUAGACAAGACAUUGUUUCAAUUAACCAAUAUAAAUCUCCUAAAUAUAAGCGAUACGUGUCUCACAACGAUUCCAGAUGAUAUACAACUACUUGUGAAUCUACAAUCGCUUUUGUUGUACGGUAACAAAAUACCAGAGUUCAAUGAAAAAAUAACCUCUCUACCGAAGUUAAAAGUGCUCGAUUUGUCCCGAAACCAACUAUCCGCUAUAUCAGAAAGUCUCAACAAGAUGAAAGAACUCACCAGUAUUAAUUUCAGUUCAAAUCAGAUUACAGAAAUGCCGAAAUUAGGCGAUUUUCCUAACUUGAUAAUAAUCGAUCUUUCGAACAACAAAUUGUCUUCUUUCUUGGACACGGAGAAUGCAAAUUUGCCACAUUUGACUGACUUGAAGAUAAAAGGUAACGAGAUAGAGUCAAUUCCAAGCCACAUAGUGCGCACAAUGCCAUCUCUGAAGAACUUUGAUCUGGGGGAUAACAAAAUCAAAACAGUGCCCGGGGAGCUUGCUGGCCUGGCUAAAUUAAAAGAACUAAAUCUAAAAGGCAACAAGUUAUCAGACAAGCGUCUAAUGAAACUGGUGGAUCAGUGCAGAACCAAGCAAGUGACUGACUACAUUCGGGAGCACUGCCCCAAAGAAGACAACACACAGGACACAGGAAAAGGGAAAGGAAAGAAAGGCAAGAAACCAGAAGAACCACCACCUGAUGAUGUGAGCGAGUUGUGUCAUGCCAUGAGAAUUCUGCAUGUAGAGGAUCACACACUGAGGAUUAGACUGGAAGAGAGUGAAGUGUGGAACAUCCGCCCCUUCAUCCUGUGCUGCAUAGUCUCCGAGUUGAAGUUUGAUGAUGCCUCGUUCAAAAAGUUCAUACAGAUGCAAACAAAACUCCACGACACAGUGUGCGAUAAACGUAACAUAGCAACUAUUGCUACUCACGACCUUGAUAGAAUACCCCAAGGUGACCUAACAUACACAGCUCUACCACCGCAUAAGCUGUCUCUCACUCCGCUGUCGAGGAGCAAGGAGUACACAGGGGAGCAACUGUUCCAACAGCUGCAAGCGGAGGCUGAAACACUGAGGAAGGAGAAAAAGAGAAAUGUCUAUUCCGGCAUUCAUAAGUAUUUGUAUCUCUUGGAAGGAAAAUCUAAGUACCCAUGCCUGAUGACUUCCGCAUUAAGAGUGAUAAGCUUCCCACCUAUCACAAACUCUGAUGUUACUAAAAUGUCUGUGAACAGCAGGUCAAUGCUGGUGGAGGUGACGUCCCACUCCUCGAUGGGCGCCUGCAAGACAGUGCUGGACAAACUGUUGCUGGAGUGCCUCAUGCUGGGCAUUGGAGACGGAGACGAUGAGGAGUACCACUCUCUCACUGUGCAGCAGGUGAAAGUGGUGGACACAGAAGGCAACUUGAAGAGUGUGUACCCGUCGCGCACAGACUGCGUGUACGAGUCAGGCAUCAAGGUGUACCGGUUGCCCAAGAAGUAGAUGUCUAUGGUCACUCUGUUUUUUUUUUUAAUUUAUUUUUUACUUGCUUGGUGCUUAACUUAGCGUCGUUUCAAACGACAUAAAUGUUAUUGGGCUCUGAUUCUUUUUACGUGGAUAUUGUGAUACACAUUUGUGCGUGGUGUGUCAAAGCUCUAUAUUUCCUUUUUAGAGUAAAGCUGGCGAUAUUAGCCCUUAUCUAUUUAUUCUGGUCGUGUGAGCAGCUUAUGGUGCACUGGUACAAGUAGCACAGGUUAUUGAAAAUGCGCAGUCGGUGUGUUGCAACUUCAGAGCGAACUAGUUGUGGGAUGCGAUGGAAAUUGUAACAAAAAUGGUGACUAGUGUGUAUAAUUGGGUAUUGGACUACCUUUAGAGUACCGAUUUUUACGUACGACUUUGGAAAAUUAAGUCAAUCUUAACUAAUUUACAUACAUAAAAACACAGAUUGAUAUAAUGUUUGUUAAAUAAAUAAGGUUCUAAAAUUUCAGAAACUUUCAAAAAUCUUCCAACAUGCAGAUAUUAGUAAUUUUGCUUUCACAUCCAUAUAAAUCUGACGAUUUUUCAAAGUGACCCACGACAGCACUGCAUAGCACAGCUGUGUCUUCAAAGUAAUAAUCGCAGAUACACUGUCACUUCUACAAAAUUGCUCUUUAUUAGACUUCAUUUCAUUUUAUUAGAAUACAUUUAAUGUAAAAAAUCUCAAGUGAAUCAGGGCCCUAUAUUUUGGCUCACAAAAGAUUGGGUCAAUUUGAAUAUUAUUAGUUAAUUUUUAUACAGAAGAAAGUAAUUGAGUUAAAAUCUAACUGCAAGCUCUAUUGCAGUCAUACAGACACCAAAGUAAUGAAACUUACCUUUAUACAUCUAAGAUUUACCCAUAUAUUACGUUAAUUGAAUGUUAUUGGGUAAAAAUAAUUAAUCAAAGAUUAAAGAAAAAAAUUAAAUAAGAAAAUCAAUAUAUACAAAUAUAUUGAUUUUCUUAUUGUACUGUUUUUAAUCUGAAAAUUUGACUUCUGUCUUUUUUACCCUUCAUAAGCAAUGUUUUAUUAUAUUUUUUUCUUUAAUCUUUGUCUAAAAAUCUAUAAGCGUAAUCAUUGAAUGUUGUAAAAUACAAAAAUUUUACUUUGCUAGAUGUCUCCUUGCCUAAAUGCCUGUUUAGCACUUGACAUCUAAUUGUAACUAAUAGGUCAGUACCAUAGAUUUACAUACAUUUAGGGCAUAUCUAACAAAUUAAAUCUAUGUCAAAAUAUUUAUAUUUUUAUAUUGCUUAUUAGAGUAUAGCUGCAUUUCAUUAAAACAUUGAGUAUUGAUCAUAAAUCAUUUAAUACUUUGUAUAAAGUUUUCAAGCCUUAUAGCUCGACGGUAAAGGGGUCGGACUCAUCAUCGGAUCGGGGUUCGAUUUCCGCCCGCUGGACUUGGCGUACCCAUUCCUAACAGUCUUUUCAGACUAGUUAGAGAAGAGUGGAAAUAUUGGUCGUAUUUAAAUGACAGGGCAAAUAUUCUUGGUUUUUUAAACUGUUUUUUUUUAACUGAGGGUAAGCCAAGAGUAAGAGGUUAAACCUCUUGGUAACGUAGGUAACGCGUUACCAAAAAGUUAAAAAAGUAUAGCUGAACUCUGAAGUUGGUACGUUUGACACUUGCACUUGACAGAGCGAACUUCAGAUUGAUUUUCCGACCACAGACUAUCUUAGAUGUUUCUAAGUUGUUGCUGUCAAAAUGUUCUUCACACCUCUCCGACAAUGGAGGACAAUUAAAUUAAAUAAUUUAUUAGAUUCAAUUAAUUAAAGCAAUUAGUUUAUGUUAUCACUUCUGUCGAGCGUGCCGAGACGCACACAUAUUUUUUUGAAGUAUAACUAAAUUUUACUGACCUCUGGCACAAUAUUGAUAUAUUUGAUGAUAGAGGUCCUGGGUUCCAUCAACUUGAGUCAAUUUGGGACUUUGGGACUAAAUUGGCUCAGGUCAGGUGAUAGGCAUCGGUCGUGGCUUGUUACCCUACCGGGAAAGACGCCAAGCGAUUUAGCGUUUCGAUAUGAUUCCAAGUAAAAACCGUAAAGAGUUAUGGGUCGAAAAUACUUGUACCUCUUUUAAGAAAGUCUGCUUUAGACUGCAUAGUACUAAAUAACAGACUUGAUUGUAGACAAGUCUAACUUGUCAUUCAAUAAAAUGAAAAAUCUUUUAAAUGUCUCAUCCACUAUCAUCCUAGUUACAAAUUAGCUUAUAUUAUUCUUAUAUAACUGCCAAGUCAUUUUCAAUAUGUUGCACAAACUCAAAAUACCAUAAAAUCGAAUAUUUUAUUAAUAAUUUACUCUUAUAUCACCCAAACAAUAAAGUGAGGGUAGUAUGUUGUUUUAAAACAAUGUUUCCCGUUUUAUACAGCUUGUCAGAAGACUUAAUAAAUAUUGUUGUGAUUUAUUUUUGCGUCAAUGUAUAAAUGUGGGUAGAUUUAGACGUUACAUAUUGUCGACGUAGAUAAGCAAGCUAUUUCAUACUGUGUCUAAAGACUCCAUUCACCGUCUAAUAUUUAAUGUCUGUGAUUUCGAUGUAACACAUCAAAAAGUUUGUUGUACUAAGUGGUUUUAAUUGUAAGAUUGCAAAAUAAAUGUUUAUUAUUUCAAAUA